UGUGUGUCCCAUGUGACAAUUGGAGCCUGAGGUGACAGAUGAGCGUCUGCAUCCUGCUGCUUUCCUCCCCCUUCUCCUGCCUCGGGCUUCACAGCCCUUCCCUCCCAUUCCCCUCCUCUCCAUCCUCGACCUGCCUGAAGUGAAAAAGAACUGUUCUUCCUAUGGUCCACUAGUCACUGUCUCUGUGGUGGCAAAUCUAGCAAUGUCUUCUGGUUUGUCCCACCUGUCAGAUUCCAACCUGGCUUCUCCCACCAUAAAAAAGAAAGGUAUAAAGAAGAGGCUGGUUAAACUGUUCUCCAAGAGUGAGGGGAACCUGAAGGAGAAAUUUCAUACAGUCGGUGAUGGAAACAGUUCUUUCGCUGAAGAUGCUUCAAUGUCUACUGUGGAAGAAGGACAUUUGGUCAAAAAGGGCAGGAGCAACUGGAGUGAGAAGAGGGGGAAAAAGGAAAGGAGUGGUGCAGAAAAUGAGAGGCAGGGAUGGGGCCAUAGUCUCCCACACCUCAGAUAUCACAGAACUGAAGAUUCCAUGUUGAGAAGAUCCAAAAGAGCAUCAAAGACCCGAUUACUUAGUUCCUCCGAAAUGAAUUUGCCAGCCUCAGGCUUUCUGCAGCGUUUUGGGAGUCUGACCUGGCGCAAGAAGAAGUCCAAUGUCUUAUAUGGCAGUGGUUUGGUUUCCCCUGGGUCCACAAUAGUGGACACUCACUGGUCCUUGGGUCAGCUGAACAGACCUGUGGAUAGUGUGAGCGAUCUGAAGGAUGAGCGGCCUAAAUCCUGCUAUGUGGAAGCUUUGUUUCCUGACUCAGCACUGGAAAGUGCAGAUUUAUGUCCCAAGGACAAUCAAAAUAUCCAAAGAAACCUAGAAAUGUCAAAAUCUUUUGAUUGUCUAGAAGAUGAUGGCACUUUCAGUUAUUGCUCCAUUGAAGUGGAUGCUAGGGAUACAGAUGCUCAGCUGCAGUCCUUUAGGGCUUCAAAUGAAAAGGAGGAGACAAAUGAAAAGGUGUGCCUCCCCUUUUGGGUACAGAGCAUGCUCAAUGAGUACAUUCCAGAAUAUCAUAAGCCGCAGCCAUCACCAGUUUUGAAAAAACAAGGAGACGCUGAAGAAGAAAAAUGUCUUCACAGUGAAUUGACUUGCAACACAUUACAAGUUAAAAUGAUUGAAGAGCAAACCAAUUCAGUCCCUCGUUCCCCUUCUAACAGUGACAAACCCCUAGAACCAAAUCAAUACUCUCUAACACAUCCCAAGUGCCCAAGUUUCCCAAAUGAUGAGCAAGAUACACCUCAACUAAACCCAACUUAUCCAGCUGUCCAAGAAGACAAAUUAGCGCAGAAAGUAACUGAAGCCUUCACAGUAUCUUCAAUGGAAUCCCCAAAGCUCCAUGUAAAAGAUCAGUUUCAAACACAAGCAACUCCAGGUACACAUAAAGUCCGUUAUGAAAUCAUAAUAACCAUGACAAAAAAAGGACAGAUGGAUGAAACAGAUGUGCCUGAGUUGGGAGGGGCCAUGUCAAUAGGAGAGGAACUUGUAGGACCAGAUCUAAACCUGUCACCUUCAUUGGAAUGUCAGGCAUGUGGCCAUCAUAGGGCGGGUGCUGCAGCACUGACAGCUCAAGCACACACAGAGCAGCCUAAGAAAUAUACAAACCUGGAGGAUGAGAAGAACUCUGAGCAGAAGAGGGGAGGAGAAACCUUUGUGAGGGCACAUCUGGACAGGGAUAUCAGUUUGGCAAGGAAUGAAGAACAGCACCUUCUGGUCUGUGAGCAGACACUAGAAUAUCAUAGAUCCCAGUCUUCCAAAAUGGAAAGGAAGUGCAGUCUGAACGAACAUAGCCACGGCCCAGAGAGGGCUCAGCCUUCCAGAAUGUUACUAAGUAAAAAUCAAGUAUCAAGAGUACCAACCAUUAGGGAUAAAGAAUCCUAUGCGGGACAUGUUAUGGAUAUGAGGAAAGUGUUUGAGAGUAAUGGCUCAAAAGAGGAUUUUACCCACAAAUUGAAUAGUGUGAAAUCAAAUUCAUACAAUUCUGUAACAAAAAAUAAAUCUACUAUAACUCAAAAUGAGCUCAAUGAACUUCACAAACCAAUUUACUCUCAAGUUUUCAAGCCCCCUAAACCAUCUUUGAACAGAAAAGGUUGUAAUGAGUUAUUGUCUCAUUUGGCCAGGAAAGAUUCUGUCAAUGCAGCACAGGCUUGGGAAAGCAGAAAGGAAAUGGACAGUAGAACAGUUCUGGAAAAGGAAAUUAUCCAUUUGCGUGACAGGGAUGUAAAGGAUAAAGAGACCAAACAUAAAGAUACAAUAUUAAUGCUUAAAGAUCUCAUUGUUCAUCCCAGGACACCAACACCUCCACCAGAUAAAUCAAGGACUACAUCAGUGCUUCUCACAUCUCCAAAAGGAUGGAGAAAGGAGAGCCAUAGAUCUCAGUCACCUAGACCACUUCAUUUCCAGACAGAUGGAAAUAUGGAUUCUGCUAAACCUGUACUAAACGAGAGCUCAGAUAAAUUUACCUUCACAUCUCAGAAAGAUGGCUGCCAGAACUAUGUUACAGAUUCAUUUUCAGAAAACACAGCAGAACCAAGUGGAAAAAUGCAAGGUUCUACAAAAGGAAUAAAUAAUGUCCUAAUCACAAAUCUACAAAUAACUAACAAAGCACAAUCUGAGAAGUCUUUCAAGAUGACUAUUCUUCAAGAUGGAAAUUAUUUAGAUAAUAUUGGGAAAAACUCCUUUACAGAAGACAUGACAACUGAUUCAAACUUGACCCCGGAGUCAAAUAGAUUAACAACAAUUUACAAACUUUCCGAAAAACAGAUGAGAGACACAGGUGGUAGUGAAGAAGUUAUACUAAAAUCAGCAGAACAAGAAAGUCCUGUGCAGGACCCUGCAAGAAUAUUCUGGCGGUCAACAGAGUAUCCUAAAAUCACUGAUGGCCAAUAUGUCCCAACAAAGAGCAAUACAAUUAUCAGAGGAGUAUCAGAUGAUUGCUAUGAGCAAAGUAAUAUCUAUAACAGUGAUAAAAGUGUUACAACAGAAAACAGAAAAGUUUCCACUUUUGGAAAUACUGAAAUAAGAUCACUUACAUUAGAUUUUCCAGCAUAUAGUUGUCAUUGGCCUACAUCCACAGUACUAGAGAACAUUCACACUGAUAAUAUGAAUGAUAAUGUUUAUAAUAUGUGGCACAAAGCUGAAGCUCAGAUGGUUUAUACAUCUACAGAAGAUGAGUCAGAGCAAAACACACAAGACAAGUCAAUAUCAGAAUUCUGGACCAAAGCUGGAAAUAGAAUUAUUUCUCAUCCAGAAGUAAAAGAUUACGAAACUGCAAAUGAGACUGAACAGGAUUGUGAAUUAGGAUUUGUUAUUUCAACAGAAGAUGGACAAUCAGGAGAAAACAGAAAACAAACUGUGGAUGGGACAGCUGGGACAGAUGGGACAGGUGAUAUACAAGUCUACAUAGACACAAAGGAUGCAUUGGUGGAACAGGAUAAUGACCAGACAGAUUUUUUACAGAAACCCGAAGAACUUGUAGGCCAGACUGAUGAUGCAAUAGAUAUUCUGACAUGUGUAACUCAAAAUGAACUAGUGCUUGCACCAUCCAAAGACGUUUUUCUACCGCAAACUACAAGUCAACCAAGUAAAGAGUUUAUCCACUUGUAUACUAAUAGUGAAAUAGAUAUUAUGUCAGAAAAAGAAGCUCAAGCAGACCUCAACAUGAACAAUAAAGAUAAAACACACCAAGCUGGGGAAUUAUUUCAAAUAUUUUCAAAAGAAAUAUCAGUUGCAAGUGACCAAGUGGAGACAUAUUUAGAAAAAAUAGAUGAUAGUAUAGAUAUGAUUUAUACAACGCCUUCAGCAGAGGACCAAGCAGAAAAUAUGAGUGGCUUGUUAGCUUUAGAUGAGGUAGGGGAUGUGUUAGUUUACAUAUCAACAAAAGAGGAAUCAGUGGAACAAGAUAAUCACAAGGCAAUUACAGAUGGGUCACAGAAACUUGAACAGCUAGUAGACCAGACUGACAAUGCAACAAAUAUUUUGACCUUAAAGAAGGAAACAGAUAAGAAUAUCAGUAACUGUGAAAGUGAUAAGAAAGACCAGAUAUUUCAUUACAUAUGUCCGUUGGAUGUAUCAGAAGAACGCGCCUUCAUUCAGUCUAAAGAAUAUUUGAUACAGAAGCCUUUGGAUGAGAUAGACCCAACUGUAAAUGUGAUAGAUGAGCUCUUGGAGGAGAACCCAAAAGAACACGAUAGCAGCUUAAAAGAUCAGGAAACAGUAAACAUACACACUUACAGAAAGGGGAAAUCAAUAGAAAAUACUAAUGAAAAACCAAGUAGCGAUAUAAUUCAGAAACCUGUAGAUCAGGAAAACCAUGUUGCCAGUCCCACAGAUUCAUCUUCAAAGGGUGUCCAAGCUGAGCAUAUAAUCAACCUUACUGCUGAAGAUAUAAAAAGCCAAUCAAAUCAUUCUCAAAAUGUUAUCUCUUUUGCAUCAUUCAAUGAAACAUCUGUAGAACACAACAAAUAUGAACCAGUUGGCAUAGACCAAGGGGAAGAUGUAAUAAAUCAAUCUAAUGGUAGAAUCAGUAUUGUUCCCACUGAUGAGCAGCACACAAAAAUCCCUGUUAAGCAAGUAGAUUUUAUAACUAUGAAGCCUAAAGUGGGACAUUAUAGUGAAAACUCUUCAUUAGCAGUUAAAAAUGAUAUGCAAGAAAUGGCUGACAAAAGCAGAAGUUACUAUGUUACCAAUGGCAGAGGCUUACUGACACAAGAAGCACAAGUGGAAAAAACAAAUCCUAUUUCAUUCAUUUCUUCUUUGUCUCUUUCUGGACAGAUCUUUUCAGAGAUAAAUUCCUAUCAGGAAGUCUAUCAGGAAAGUAUGCAGGAUGCAGACACAAAGACCUCAGGUCACACAAAUAUAGAGAACACAAUGUCUCCUGAUGUUCUUGAAUGUUCAAAUACAAAGGUGCUCACAAACCUUCCAGAGCAAUCAGUCCAACUUAUACAAGGCUCUCACGUUUACUGUACAGUUCCAGUUAGGAAUGAUAUUACAACAGAGUAUGCAGGGGAUCAGUACAAUUUGCAGACUGAGGAAGAGUCUUCUAAAGAUAUGGAGAUGUGGAUUAACACUCUUCGACAACUGGAGAUUCCCGAAUUUAUGAAAUAUCAAAGAGCCCCAAGACAGCCACGGCAUUCUGCAUUAUCUAUGUAUGCCACUCUUCCCCCCAUCACAGAGGAUGUGUGUGCCCCAAAUAGUGAUCAAAUUGAUAGCAUUAGUCCCCCACAAGAAAAAAAUGAUGAUCUGGGGAUAAAGCAAGACACAAAAACAAUACAGAAUGAAAAAAAGUACUCCUGGGAGAAGAACCUAGAGAAGCCACUUCAGAGCUCCCCACUUGAAAUGAUGAGGAAACAUUCCGGAGAAGAAGUUGAAAGAAUGGCAUCCCAUAAGUCUUUGCUUACACAAAACCUCAGUCAACGGCAAGGAUCGAUCAUUGGAUCCCUGUUGUUGUCUGACAGGCAAGAAAGGAAAAAUGAGCAGACAGAGGGAAAGUCAUUCUCUAGGCUGAAAAGUAGUUUACUUUUAAGCAGUUAUAUUAAACCUACAAAAGAAUCAUUAAGUGUGAAUGGAGAAGAGGCAGAAUCCUUGCCAGAUUUGGUUCAUACCGAAGCUGGAAGCACCCAGUUUUUGCCUAAUGUGGAUGUUCCUAGAACACCAGAAAAUCCAAAACAUCCAGCCACUGGAAUCCAUACCCCUCCAAAAUAUGCGGAUACUGUGGAUUCUGUAAACCCUCUGGUCUCCAGAGAACUCCCAUGCAGGUCAAACCUAAGGACUGUCUCUCAAUGUAAAGCUUCCACUGAUAUCUGGCACGAUACUAAAAAAGAACAUGGUAAAGUGAACCCCAGACCAGGGAAGGUUCUAUUGUAUUCAGAUCCGGGGUUUAGUGGGAAGUGCUAUGAAAUAUAUGGAAAUGUCAGUGACACAAGUAAAUGGGAACUUAAGGAAACCAUAUCAAUCCGGGUUAUCCGAGGGGGAUGGAUCCUGUAUGAAGAGCCAAGGUUCCAUGGCAGGCGUGUUAUGCUUUUAGAAGGCGAUGCAGAACUGAAGUGUCCAUGGCUUGAACAGACUGACUUAAAGGGAGAGCCUCAAUCAACAUCAGCAUUUUGGGUUGGAUCUCUGCGCCAUGUUGUUAGGGAUUUUCAGGUCCCCAAAAUCAGUUUGUUCUUAAAGCCAAAUGGGGAAGGAGAGAAAGUACAAAUUGAAGGAGCUGCACCUGACAUGAGUGAAUAUGGCCAGACAAUCAAAACAGAGUCCAUCAUUGUGCACUGCGGCAUGUGGCUUGUAUUUAGCAAGCCCUUAUUUCAAGGUGACCCCUACAUUCUGGAGCCUGGUGGUUAUCCCAACAGGAGAUCCUGGGGCGCAGAGGAUCCUCAAGUAUGCUCCCUUGAAGCUGCACGUAUUGGAGGCCCCACUGUGGAAAAACCUAAUGAACCCAAACUCCUCCUGUUCCAGAUGCCUGAAUCUGAAGGAACUUGUUUGGAGGUGACUAGAGACAUGAAUUCUAUUGAGGGGGAGAGCAACUUUCAGGGAGAACAAUUACACUCCAUGGGAUCUUUGAAGGUCGUUGGGGGCUGUUGGGUAGGAUAUGAGAAGGAAGGAUUUCGAGGUCACCAGUACCUGCUGGAAGAAGGGGAAUAUAACAAUUUCUCUGACUGGGGUGGCUGCACAGAGGAGCUGGGUUCUGUCAGACUUAUCCGAACGGAUUUCUCACAACCAGAGAUAGUGCUAUAUGAACUGCCUGGAUGUUUAGAGGGUCCAUGUUUGCGCCUUAGUGAAUCCCUAGCUGAUUUAGAAGAGGCUCAAUAUGGAACAAGAACAGGAUCCAUCCAUGUUCUGAGUGGAGUGUGGGUAGCAUACGAGAAUGUGGAUUUCUCGGGCGAGCAGUAUAUUUUAGAGAAAGGAAUCUAUCACAACCACCAGGACUGGGGAGCUGAGAACUGCAAGAUCUCUUCUGUGCAACCAGUGAUCCAGGUUGGGGGAAACAGCCUCCAUUUUGUGGCCAAGAUCCACUUGUUCACAGAGCCAAACUUCUAUGGUGACUGUUUAACUUGCAGAGAAGAUCACAUAGAGCUCCCAGAAUCCUUUUCACCGCAGUCUUGCAGGGUGGAGUGUGGAAGCUGGAGCCUGUAUGAGGGUGAGAACUGCAGCGGAGAACAAUACAUUCUGUCAGAAGGAGAAUACCCAACUCGCACAGCCAUGGGGUGUCUGAUACCCUGCUCUCUACGAUCUCUCAAGAUAGUGCCUCUAUAUUUUUCUAUUCCUUCUAUAUCACUCCAUGGCUUAGAGAGAUUUGAGGGGAAGGAGUUGGAUUUUACUGAAGAAGUCCGGAGCCUUCAGGGAGAGGGGUACAACAACCAUGUGAUGUCAGUGAGCGUAAAGAGUGGCAUAUGGGUAGUCUACGAGCACAGUGAUUUUAGGGGUAGACAGUGGUUACUGGAACGUAAGCAGAUUCCUAACUGGCUGCUUUACAGUGGACUCCAGCGAAUUGGAUCACUCUGUCCUAUCCGACAGAGGACUGUGUAUUUCCGACUUCGGAACCGCAAUCUGGGCCUUUUUCUCUGUGUUGCUGAGCUGACCGAGGAUAUGAAGGCAGCACGUGUACUUGUGACUGAAGCACAAGAGGGAAGGUGUUUGCUGUGGUUCUACGAGGAGGGUCGUCUUAAAAACCAGAUGGCUCCUCACAUGAGUUUGCAAGUGAUUGGCCAGUCAUGCUCUGGAACCAAAGUGGUGUUAUGGUCUGAAAGCCGCAAACCAAUUCAGACCUGGAUCCUAGAAGACUCUGGCUGCAUAACAAGUUGCCUUUUUAAAGGAAUGUGUCUUGAUGUAAAAGGAGGCCAAUGUUAUGACUCAGACCACGUGGUUUUAUGGGAGAAUACGGAAGACAGGCCAAGCCAGCAAUGGGACCUGGAGGUGUUCUAACACUGGAGCCAUCUUUAUUGUGUACCCAAAGUCAAUAUGGAAAUGUUAGCAAGGGUAUAUACAACGUGAAACCCACAGAUUUACUUCAAUAAAUGGCUACUGGUCCUCAUACACCUAAACAUAGCACAAAAAGGCAGAUUUUCCCCUGUACUCUUGUGUGUGCUGCUUUAGGAGGCAGGAAGCCAGAACUACUGUAGUAUUAAAUAAUAAGUAUAUUUUUUUUCCAACUUAGUUACACUAACUUUAACCCCAUCUCAUUAAUGAAAAGCAAAAUCACUCUUUGUUUACCUAUAGAGAAAUUCUAUACCCUCUGACGUGCUAAUGAACUUUUGCAAACGAGGGGUUUGUUUCUGGGGAAUACCAUCACUUAAUGGAUCAGAGAUGUCUUCUGGAAAACCAGGUAUUGCAGGUACUGCAAGCAACGGAGUAGUCAAUAUAAUCUUUCAGCUACAAUCAUUAAACCAUCUGCCAGAAAUUGCAGAGCCUGCAUUAUAACCGGCUGAACAGUUUUAAGCUUAUGGCACAGUAUGGCUUCUUGACCACCCCUGCUGUUUUCAGUUAUUGGCAGUCAAGAUACCGUCACCAUUUCUGCUGCCCUGGCUGAUGUUGACACAUGGCUCUCCGAGUAAGAAACUGCUCAAUUCAAUAUUUCAGAGUGACAAGACUACUACUCUGUAUAUGUCAGCCAUCGGGGUAAAUUCACUAAAGGGCGAAUUUUCGCCAGCAACCGAUUCGCUACACUUCGCCAGGCGCAAAUGCCUUACCACUAUGCUAAUUCACUAAAAUGUGAAGUUGUGUCUCAGCAGUCGAAUGCAGACCAAUUUUCGUUAGCCUUACUUCAGCAGUUCGAGCAUUUCAUAGCGAAUUUUUGGCAGUCUUCAUGUCUACCUAGUGAAAUUUCGUUAGUACUCUUACGCUUAGGUGAAUUUAAAUAGGACCGGUACAUAAAAAAUGUUUGUGAUGUUGGUGCAAAUGCUUGAAGUGGCCACUUUUUAUUACAAAUGUCCAAGGAACCUGAAUAAAGACAAAAGAGAUCAUAUAAUGCCCUAGACAUGAGCCCACCCUAAAACAAAUGUGGCAGGCCCCUCAAAUGUUUGGAAAAAGAAUCUUCACACAUAAAUCUUUAAUAGUUCAGACUUUUGUCUGAACUAUUAAUGCAUUUCCGGCAUACAGGAUAUGAUGUCACGGACAUAAGAUUGAUGAAGAUGUAGCUUUGUGUUAUCAGUUUGCCUGGUCUGAGGUGGCGAAGUAAACUCUGGCGAAAGAGGUAAUGUUCUGUAAAAUUCUCAUCUUAGUGAAUUUGCAGAGUAACGACCAAUCUCCAGAGCAGAGAGUCUUCUGGCGAUAGGGUGCGAACGUAGGCUAUCGAUGGUCUUGUUAGCUAGCGAAUUGUCCUCUACGUCUGUUAGUGAAUUGGCAAUGUCCCUGCAGGUGGGAUUUAUGGCGAAUUGUUAGUAGCGUCGGCCUCUUCACCUUUUAGUGAAGCUGCCCCAUAGUGUCGGAGUGGUGACAAGAGGACAAGGAAUUUUUAUACACUAGUGACACCCAGUGGAAAACAGCAGCGGGAAAAAUGCCCCAUGUGCCUCUUGAAAAGACAUUACACUUCUUUAUAACAUAUGUACGAAAUGUGAAGAAGCUGUGCAAUACAGGGGACAGCACCCUGUAUAUAGUGUUCUCUAGCACAGUAAUGUUUUAAGCAAUGAUACACUUUUAUUUAUAUUUAAAUGUAUAUUUUUAUACAGAUUUUUCCUACCUUCUCCUUCACACGCUCUGGGUGGUUUUGUACAUACUGUAUGUGGGACAUUAAAAAUGACAUUAUUUAA